AUGCAGUAUCAAACAGGUGACCAACAAGUGGUGGUUGACCCAGGGACCUUGAAUGAAAAAAAACAGCAACUGGCAUGUGACAUUAUCACUACAUCUAUGGCUAAUGAUGAAUGUGAACCGCUACAUAUGAUUGUAAGUGGUACUGCUGGCACAGGUAAGACAUAUUUAAUUAGUGCCCUAAAGCAAGUAUUGCAAGACCAAUGUAUUGUCACAGCAACCACUGGAAUUGCUGCAUUCAGUAUUGGUGGUCAAACUUUGCAUUCUGCAGCUCAACUUCAGAUUCAGGAAUACAGAGAAUUACAGGGCAAUUCCUUACAGAGAUUGCAUCUCAGAUUGGGAGGUAAGAGGUUUCUCAUUAUUGAUGAAAUGUCAAUGAUUGGAUAUAAGAUGUUUUCAUGGCUUGACAACAGACUAUGUGCAGGUACAGGAAAAGAGGAUGUCCCAUUUGGUGGCAUGUUGAUUAUCCUAAUGGGGGAUUUCGGCCAAUUACCCCCUGUAGGCGAUAAGCCAAAGUACAUUGCAGGUAAUGGAUCCGUAAUCAGUGACCAUGGUCACAGUAUGUAUUUGACAUUUGAUUAUGUAGUAAUUUUCAAGCAGGUCAUGCAACAGAUUGGUGAAGACCCGGAAGUAGUUGCAUUCAGGGCACUAUUGAUGAGAAUGAAAGAUGGACAAAUUACCGAGAUGGACUGGAGACUAUUGAUACAGCACUCCAGACCUAACAUUGCAAUGGAUCAAUUUAGUGAUGCUAUUUGGCUGUAA